AGAGGAGGAGAGGGGAGGGGGAGACGGGAGAAAAAAGAGGCUGGGGGGUCAGAUUGGUGAGUGAUGAAUAGGGUAUUACACAGCGGACUGCACCACUUAGGCCAUAAAAGGGGGUGUAUAAAGUGUAAGACUACAUAGGAGAGCCAGAUGUUGUAAGUAUAAGCAUGUGGAGUGUAAGCACUGAUAGAUUAUUCACUAAGCCUCUGCAUGCCUCAGAAAACACACUAUUGUCUUUGGCUCCCUGGGAUUAAAACAACAGUGAGAUAUUCACGUCGUAAGGCUGUUACCCACAUUUUACCCCCUUCUCCUCCUUGUUGCCCUCUUCCUCCCCAGCGUUUCCCCCUCUGUCUCUGGGAAAGCAGCAGUUUAAGGGGGGAAAACAAGUGCGUGGAGCCAAGAAACUGGUCUGACCUCAGUUACUGGAACUAAGCAAGGUGCUGUUUUAAAGAGUCUCUAAAGUGUGGGUGGCCAAGACAACAUGAACACCACUGAACCAGGCUCCAACUUCACCUUUACGUCUAUCACAGAAAAUGUCACUCUGUCCAGCCUCACAACCUCCACCAUCUCUCCCACCACCAUACAGCCUCCGUCCUUUUCUUCAGACAUCCACGACCCGGAGUUCACCAUCAUAGUGGUGCUGGGCUUAUCGCUGCUGCUGGCAGGGCUAGCUGCCUUCCUGGCGGUGUGCCGGCCCUCGGAACAGGAUGGGGACUCUGAGGCGAGCUGCGGCCCGGGGGAGAGCUUGACCCGUGGAAGAAGCCAGUCCAGCGAGCCCCAGCUCAAGGUGUGGAAGAGGCUGGGCUCGUAUCGGCGUUCAUACAACAUCUCCUUCAGACGACCGCCCCCUCGCAGGACGCACGAGCGCGAGAGCACACGCGCGCCCCAGUCUCCAGUCCGACAGACACCACAGCCAGCAGCCAGUGUGGAGCCCCACCUCACUAUGCCUUGUCUAUUUGACUAUGUCACUGAAAUCUGACUGGAGGACAGGCUGAGGGCUGACUGACUGCUUCCCAAAACAAGUGAUACGCCGUAUAUCUUAUUGCUGGUGCCACAAACAUCACUAAUUCCAUGUGCGGAUGAAGAGUACAUGACAAUAAUGCUUAGCGUUUUGUUUUAACAUACUUUGAAUGCUAGGUGGAUGAGGUUUGCAUCAAAAUAAGUGCUUAAAGGGGACAUAUUAUGCAUUUGUGCUUUUUCCCUUUCCUUUAGUGUGUUAUAUAGUUUUUUGUGCAUGUAAAAGGUCUGCAGAGUUACAAAGCCCAAAGU